AUGGAGGAGACUUAUGUCCAGGUCUAUAUAAAACUUAAAAAUAAACCUGAUGAUGUGUACAAGGUGUAUAAGGCUGGGCUGUCGGGUUCGAGCGCGAUUGUUUGUGCUGCUCUAAGCUGCCUUCUUGACUUCUAUGAUGUCAGGCAUCUAAUAAAAGUUGAAAUGAGACCUAAUCUAAUUCUCAAUGCUGAGAAAGAGGUUGGAAUUGUUGCUGGACUCCAGGACCGAGUGGCACAGGUUUAUGGGGGACUGGUUUAUAUGGAUUUUAGCCAGGAGCAUAUGGACAAGCUGGGUCAUGGCAUAUACAUGCCAUUGGAUGUGAAUCUUCUCCCUCCUCUAUACCUCAUCUAUGCAGAGAACCCCAGUUACUCUGGCAAGGAAGUAGCGCAGCUAGCAUUCGAUGGCCACAAGGCUUUGCUGCAGAAGGAUUAUACUGAGCUAGCGAGACUUAUGAAUAAAAAUUUUGAUCUGCGAAGGGAAAUGUUUGGGGAUGAUGUACUUGGUUCGGUGAACAUAAAGAUGGUGGAGGCGGCACGCAGCGUGGGCGCGGCAUCCAAGUUCACUGGCAGUGGAGGUGCAGUGGUUGUGCUGUGCCCAGAUGGGGAUUCGCAGGUGGAGCUUCUCCGCAAGGCAUGCCAGGAGGCCGGCUUUGUAGUACAGCAGGUGAAAGUUGCUCCCUCGGUGCUGACGGAUGCGGAGCUGUCAAGUUUAUUAGCUUCCUAG